AUGGAAAACCUGGUUGAUGAAGGUUUAGUCAAAUCAAUUGGUCUUUCGAACUUCAAUAAACGACCAAUUAAAACUAUUCUCAAACAUUGUCUUAUUAAACCAGCAAAUUUACAAGUGGAGAUUCAUGCUAAUUUUCCUAAUACAAAAUUAGUUGAAUAUGCUCAAUCGGUUGGUAUAACUGUAACUGCUUAUGCUCCACUUGGUUCACCUGCUCGUUCACCUUUAUCAGCAAAUUUACUCACUGCACCAUGGAUAAUGGCCAUGGCAGAAAAACACAACAAAACACCAGCACAAAUUUUAUUACGUUAUUUAAUUCAACGUGAUAUUAUUGUUGUGCCGAAAUCAGUUACUAAUGAUAGAAUAGUAGAAAAUUUUCAAGUUUGUUUAUUAUUAUCAUCUUUAUUCUUCUUAAAUUAUCGCUUGUUUAUUUUUAGAAAAAACAAAAAUCAGUUUAUGAAUUUGAGGUCAUAG